AUGAAGAUCAUCCGCUGGCUGUACCUCUCCGGGCUGGUGUUUGCCGUGCUGAUCCCGGCAGGGUGGCAGAUGGGUCUCAAGGACCUGGCCAAUGCAUCCAGAUGGCACUCGUACAAAUCCCAGAGCGCCCGCAGCUUCGCGUCCAACAUCAAGCGGCACUCGGAAGGCACCUUCACCAGCGACUUCACUCGCUACCUGGACAAGAUGAAGGCCAAGGACUUCGUGCACUGGCUCAUCAAUACCAAGCGUUACAGGUAG